CUCAUUGAAAGCUAAGCUCUUUCAUUUUCUUCUUCUUCUUGUUUUGUCCAUUUCGAUAACUUCUAAAAUCUCUCUGUACAUAGCAGAAAACACAGAGCUUCAUUAAUGGCUGCCAACAAAUUCGCAACUACGUUGCAUAAAAACACUAACAGGAUAGGUUUUAUUCUUGUCUAUGUUUUGCUAGAAUGGAUUCUGAUCGUUCUGCUCCUUUUGAAUUCUGUGUUUUCUUAUCUGAUCAUCAAGUUUGCUGAUUACUUUGGUCUUAAAAGGCCCUGCCUUUGGUGUUCUAGGCUCAAUCAUGUCUUCGAGCCGUCAAAGUACAAAAAUUCUUGUAGAGAUCUCGUGUGUGAUGAUCAUGCCAAUCAGAUUUCUAAACUGGUUUUUUGCUCGAACCAUCGGAGACUGUCUGAAUCUCGAGAUAUGUGCGGGGAUUGCUUGUCCUCGUCGUCGCCGGAAGUGAUGGAAUAUGGCGAUGAGAAUUUCAAGUGUUCUUAUUGCGAUGUCGUGUUGGAGAAAAAGUGGAAUCUUCCUUAUUUCAUGAUCAAGCCUUCUUGGGAGGUUCUGGAUAAUCCCCAGGAAGGGAAUUUCAUUGCCGAAUCUGGGGAAAAAGUUGAUAAAGGUAAUGCUUCAGACGGAAUCAGAUCAGGUUUUGUGGCUGAUGAUCAAGAAGAUGAACAGAGGAUUGAAGAAAACAAGGGCGUUGGCAUCAUUUCUGAUGGCGAUGAAGGGAGAGGAAUGGAAAAAGAUGAGUUUUCGUGUUUCAUUUCUAGCUUUGAUUGCAAUCAAGUGGCUGCUGAUGGAGAUGAUGUGGCUAUAGAGAAAGAUCAAGAAUCUGUUGAAGGAGACUUGAUUUUGUCAAUGGAAAACCAGGGGUUAAUGGAGCCUCCUGAGAUUCUAGCCAAACAUCUGGAGUUUUACAUCGAGGGGGAUGAUUGUCAUUUGAUUCCAGUUGAAUUAAUGAAUUCUGAUGCGGAUUUCAGAGAGGAAGAUCAAGGUGUUUCUGAUAAUGAAGAUGUUAUUUUCGACUUCGAUUCGCUUAGUCCGGCACCGGUCGAGUUGGCUAUGGAGAAUAGUUGCAGUCCAGCUGAAGAAGUAACACCCCUUUCGACCAAUGAGACUGAGAAUGAAAAUGAAACCAGUAUUGCAGAGCUUGCAGUAGUUGAAUCAAUGGAGUCCAAUGAGGAGGAAGAUGAUGAUGAUGAUGUUCAAGCAAAUGCUGCAACAACGGAAGGGGAAAUCAAUCCAAAUGAAGAUAUUCAAAUGCAAAAUUUGGAUGAAUGCACAAAAGAAGAUCAUGGCUCCAAUGAUGCUGAGGAAGAACCAACCCAGUUUAAAACUGCACCAGUUGAGACAAGUGACCAAGCAAUGAAGAACCAUCUCUCAUUAUCUUCUGAUCUUUAUGAGAUUGAGGAAGAUAAAGUUCCCGAUAUGCCGACUUCGAUCGAAAGUUUCCACCUGUUGCACAAGAAAUUGCUGUUGCUCGACAGAAGAGACUCCGGGACGGAAGAUUCUAUUGAUGGAAGUGUUUUCGGUGACAUUGAGGGUGCUGAUGGGGUACUAACUGUUGAGAAGUUGAAAUCGGCAUUAAAAACGGAAAGGAAGGCCUUAAAUGCUUUGUAUACGGAGCUCGAAGAAGAGAGGAGUGCUUCCGCGGUGGCCACGAGCCAAACAAUGGCGAUGAUAACUAGGAUUCAAGAAGAGAAAGCAGCAAUGCAGAUGGAAGCAUUGCAGUAUCAGAGGAUGAUGGAAGAACAGUCCGAGUAUGAUCAGGAAGCCUUGCAGCUUCUCAAUGAACUUAUGGUCAAGAGGGAAAAAGAGAAGGCGGAGCUCGAGAAGGAACUCGAGAUAUAUCGCAGGAAGGUGCUGGAUUACGAGGCUAAAGAGAGUACGUUGACGCCGAGAAGAAGGAAAAACGACAGCACUCAGAGCACAAGUUCAGCAUCUUGUUGCAAUGCUGAGAACAGUGAUGGUGUAUCGAUCGAUUUGAAUCAUGAAUCUAAGGGAGAAGAUAGCUUCGAAAAGCAUCGAAUUCGAGAGGAUGUUAACCGGAACACCCCUGCCAGUGCAGUCUUGUAUUUGGAGGAGUCAUUGGCUUGCUUCGAGGAAGAGAGGGUAUCCAUUCUAGAGCAACUCAAGGUCUUGGAAGAGAAGUUGGUUUCACUGAAUGAUGAAGAAGCAGAACAGCAUUUCGAGUACUUUUACGACGAGAACGGUAGCGGCUUCCACCAGAGUCCCGAUUUUGGGCACGAAACGAAUGGAGUUGCCAAUGGUCAUUUCAAGGGAGCGCAUGGGAAACAUCAGGAAGACAAAGUGAUCCCCAUGGCUGCCAAUGCAAAGAGACUUGUCCCACAUUUUGACGCCUCCGAUGCAGACAUCGAAGAUAAGACAUCAAACAGACCUGAAAACGGCUUCCAUUCCGUAUCCCUUCGACGUUCCUCACCCGAACUCGAGAGCAAAACGCUCCCUAUCAAGGAAGAAGUGGAUGAUGCGUACGAGAGAUUACAAGCACUCGAGGCAGACAGGGAGUUCAUAAAACAUUGCACCAGCUCAUUGAACAAAGGAGAUAAAGGGGUCUGUCUUCUUCAACAGAUUUUACAACACCUUCGUGAUCUGAGGAGCGUCGAACUUCGAGUAAGAAGUAUCGAAGACGCCGCUAUAUAGUGUCGAAUUCAUCAGAUAACACUCGGGAAAUCAUAAUCUUCAGUUCAAUGUAUUCAUAAUUUCAUAUCAUAGACAUGUACAAGACUUCAUGUGCUUGAUCAUUGUAGGAUGCUCAAUCAGAGUUGCUUAGCCACCAAAAAAAAUACCUACUCCGGCAACGAUCGACGGCGGCAACACGGUUCGAUGUUCUCAACAAUCGAAAGUCUGUCCAUUUUCCCAUUGCAUUUUCCAGGUUGCAAAGCUCUUUUCUCUUCUUCUUAGGGAAGGGAAAUGAAAGGGUAAGUAACCCCAUUUUCGUUCACACACAUUUGCAUCAUUUUCUUCGUAGUUUGGGGGGCAAAGUUGAGUUACUUGUAAACUACAUGCAUCGAUUUGUAAAUUAUAUAAAGUGAGUGUUCGUUUA